ACAUUACAGGCACCAUCACCCGCCCAGCUUUUUCAGCUCAGCGCAUGCUUAACUUUCCUCAUUAUUCGCUUUCCAACCAAGACAAACUCGCAUUGAACUCAAGGCAUCCAGUCAUUUUGCUUCUUGUGUCAUAGUAGCUUCUCUUCUCAGCGAAUUGCCCAGUUUCACGUUGCGCCGCCACGUACAGAGCGGGACCCAGUGACGACACAUCUCCCCACACGAGCUGUUGCUGUUGCGAUCAAGAGGAGCUUCAAGAACUGGAUAUCAACAUAUACAAGCGAAAAAUACCACUAUACGACGCUCUCUGCAGAGAUCUGGUCGCUAGAUUUCUCGAUCUCAUGCAUACAACUCACAGCGCUUCGAGAACUACUUCGAAUCACUUCCCCGCAGUCUCCCGCGUGUGGUAGCAGCGCAUCAGCUACAAGGACCAAGCGGAUCACUGAAACCGUCUACUUGACAUGUUACUUUGACACUCGAAAUUUCCAAGUUCAAACUUAGCUCAAAUACGAUCAAAGUCGAAGCGAUGUCGAAUAAUCCCUGGGCCGAAGGAGGGAACGAGCCGGGAUGGGAAGAUGUAGGACCCCGCCGUGACGGACAAGCAUCUUCAACGGAUAGACCGAACCCUCAAGCUGUUCCUGCGGCCCUCAGACCUGGAAUCGCUUUCGAUAACCAAGAUGAGCAACAGGCAUGGGGAGACGCGAGGACACAGCCAGAUAAUCUGCAACAGUCCCAAGAGACGCCUGCAGUAUUGAAACCAGGCGGAGAUAGACCAGAAACGAACCCUUUUCUACGAAAGAAAGUUCCUUCAAGACAAGAAACACCACUAACGGAAUCAUUUUCGAAACUUGGUAUCGAAGAACCUAAUACGAACCCAUGGCAACCAGCGAUAGAGGUGCAGCCUGCACCAUCAGCCCCGCAACCGAUUCCAAACCUCAUGGACGAUGUCCCUCCUAGAGGCGCAUGGACGCCCACGCCAGAGCCACUUCCCGCUGGAUCACCGGGUAUGGUGUCAUUGCCCUCUGGCCGCGAGUCGCCUGCUUGGGAUGAGGAUCCUCUGGGAAGAAAUGACAAACCUCCUGCGCCACCUAUGAAGCUCUCCGCAGAAUUUACUGGGGACACAAAUAUCUGGGACGAUCUAGGUGGCGCCGACAAGGGGAAAGCCAAGGCCACAGGAGAAGCCAGGCCAGCAUCACCGGAUGAUUGGAAUCUGAUAGAUUCAGAGCCAUCGCCGAGCCCCAUGAAGGAACCUCAAGAGGAGAAGCCACCUUUGCCCCCCAGGCAACCAACACUACAAACCGAAUCGUCAAGUUGGAGAGCAUCCAGAGACCCGAUCGACGGAAAGACGGAAACUUAUCAGAUUAAGAAUAUACAAUGGCACGACGAGACCUCGUCAAAGAACCCACGAAUAUCCCCAAUCUUGAUACAGAAUGCAAACGGGCCUUGUCCUCUUGUAGCUCUGGUUAACGCACUUACUAUGACAACACCUGCCGAUGUUGAAGAUACUGCACUUGUACAGACUCUUAGAUCGAGGGAACAAGUCAGCCUGAAUCUGCUUUUGGAUGCUGUUUUUGACGAACUUAUGUCACCACGACGAACCAGUUCCGAAGAUGCAUUGCCAGACGUUGGAGAUUUGUAUGCCUUCUUGCAAAGUUUACAUACCGGCAUGAACGUCAAUCCGCGAUUUGUUCCUACAGAGAGUAUGAUAAAUGCUUACAAGCGUACAUCAUUGACGCAUUUGCAUCCUGCUGAGCGAGGAGACUUAAUCCCGGGAACUUUUGAGAACACGGCCGAGAUGGGGUUAUAUGCCACAUUCUCGAUCCCACUGAUUCAUGGAUGGCUACCACCAAAGAACGAACAUGCAUAUGAAGCGCUGGAACGACAAGCCGCAUCAUACGAGGACGCACAGAAUCUCCUUUUUCGAGAAGAAGAGCUCGAACAGAAGUUGUCUGAUCCUGAAGGCGGACUCACAGAGGAUGAGCAGCAACUUUACCAAGAUAUUGUCAUAAUCAAGGAAUUCUUGGAUAAUUCCGCGACCCAACUUACGCCUUGGGGCAUUGAAGUUAUUGGUAAAGCCAUUCGACCGGGUACAUUUGCCAUUCUUUUCCGGAAUGACCAUUUCAGUACACUGUAUUGCCAUCCACAGUCGAUGCAGCUCGUCACGCUUGUGACGGACGCGGGAUUCAAGUCUCAUGAUGAAAUCGUAUGGGAGACACUAUCAGAUGUCAAUGGUGGCAACACCGAAUAUCUUUCAGGAGACUUCCGGGUUGUGGGAUCUGGCGGUCUUGCUCCUUCAACAAGUGCGGGCAACUACUCCAACAACGAUGGCGGAGAAUGGACGACAGUACAUAACCGAAGGGGCAAGGGGCGGCAUGAAGAUGAGCCCCCGAUGAGUCCCAAUGCUGAACAGGAAGAUAGAGAUUUGGCUCUCGCAUUGCAACUACAAGAAGAGGAAGAGGAAAGACAUAGAGCAGAGGAGGCACGAAGACGAAGAGAGAGCAUGCUUUCAGAGCAAUUUAUCGAGCAACAGGCCUUUCAACCAGGAAAUGCAACACGUGGCAACCUGGGAGGUAGAGGAGGAAGAGGUGGACAGCCGGCAAGAGGAGGAGCUCCACGAGGUGGAGGCGUCACCAGAGGAGCCACGGGUCUCGUCCCAGGACGCAACAGCUCCGUCAGCGCGCCCACCACAACCACAACCAACGCACAGCCCAGAAUACCCGCCCAGAGAGUGCGAUCCCUCAUCCCAGCCCAACCACCGCGACCACCCGUGUCACGCCCGGCGGACGAAGCAGCAGACGAUGCGCCGCCUUCCUACGAGCAGUCGGCGCACGACAGGACGUAUCAGCCGCCUGUGGGACACCCGAGCCAUCCGAACAGCAGCCCUACGAUAUCGAGGCAGACCAGCACUGCUGCGAGUGUGAAUUCGUCGAUGCCAGUGGGGCAGAGACCCUUUGGGCCGUCUGCGGGCAGACGGCCUUCGGGACCGGGGGUAGGGGUAAAUGGCGGUGGGCAGAGGGAGAGGGAUUGCAUUGUGAUGUGAUUUUAUGAGCACAUGAGAGACGGAGUCUUGAUUUGGGGAUUGGUACUUAGGAGUUUAGCGGUGUCUGUAGCAUGGACGGGUGUAUCUGAAUACAUUUUAUUCAUUAGUAUAUCUUGUAGGUUUUGUUAAUCAGUAAGUGAGGGAACUGUGUAACCAUCUAGAUCUGUUCAGAGCUAAAAAAAAAACUUCUGAUCUCAUGGUGAGGUACUGGAACAUCUAGUCCAAGGUCUCCUAAAUCUAUCUCAUC